AUGUUUCGCAAAAUCGUUUCCAUAGGGUUAAUCUCAAGGGUCCCUCAAGUGACUCGCCGUAAUAUUGAAAUUACAAAACGUUAUGCUUCAACAUCUAGUCGGAGAAUUAGUGAAAGUGACAGAGAUUUCGCAGCCGCAUCGUUAGGUGUAAUAACAAUUUUAGGGUCAAUUAUAUUUGUUUCACCAUGGGAAUUAAAAUCCUUCUUACCAAGCUUUGGUAGAAAGGAACGAAAUACCGCUGAACCUAACAGGGAACCCGGAUCUGAAGAGACUCCUAAGGAGCAGUCUGAAAAGCCCGAGGGAGAAGAACAACCCAAGGAAGAAGAAGAACAGCCUAAGCAGGAGCAACAAUCUGAAGAAUCACCAUCAACUACCCAGGAAUCUUCUAAUAAACCAGAAAGCGAAAACAACGGCAAUUGA